GAUAGCAAUAAAGUAGAAGCUUUCGGUCAGGCCCGCGGAAAUGGGCGAGCACAACCUCCUUAAUCCCGGCUUUGUGGGACCUCUGGUGAACAUCCACACGGGAGACACCUUCUACUUCCCCAAUUUCCGAGCCUCCGGAGGGCAGCUGCCCGGGCUGCCAUCCCUCUCCUACCCCCGCCGGGACAACGUCUGCUCCCUGCCCUGGGCAUCCUCGGAGCCCUGCAACGGGUACCCGCAGCCCUACCUGAGCAGCCCCGUCUCCAUUAACCCUUCCUUCGGCAGAGCCUGCGACCUCGCCCGGGUGGAGGAAAGCAAAUGCUACUACCGGGAAACCUGCUCCGACACGGCCGGGCUCAAGCGGGAGGAGAGGGGCAGGGACAGUGCCUUGCUGCCCCUCGAAGCCGGCCUCCCCAAUGGCAUGGGGGGCAAUUUCAGCAAAUAUGACUAUCCGGCCGCCGAGGCAGUGCCCCACGACCCUCCGUCGUGCCAGUCCUUGGAGUCAGACUCCAGCUCGUCCUUGCUCAAUGAAGGGAAUAAAGGCACGGCCGGCGAAGCGGGGAGCUUGGUGUCCCCCCUGAACCAAGGCAGCACUUUAGGCACCGGUGGUGCUCCUUGGUACCCGAUGCACACACGGUCCCGGAAAAAGCGAAAACCCUAUUCCAAGCUGCAGCUGGCAGAGCUGGAGGGGGAGUUUAUGGUCAAUGAAUUCAUUACUCGCCAAAGAAGGAGGGAGCUCUCAGACCGAUUAAACCUGAGCGACCAGCAGGUGAAGAUCUGGUUCCAGAACCGGCGCAUGAAAAAGAAAAGACUCCUUCUGAGAGAGCAAGCCCUUUCUUUCUUUUAAAGUUUUAAAAGCGUCCGUGUUGGGUUAAAAAAAAAAAAAAAAAAAAAAAAAAAAAAAAAUUGCAUAGACUUUCUAGCGUUCACCCGAGCUCCCGGGACUUUACCUGACCACUCUUCACCCCCACACACACCCCUCCCCGCCCAGAAAUAAAUGAAUAAAGAGAUAAUAUUAAUAAAUAACCAGUUUCCCUUAAAAUACGAAGCCCGGCAGCCAGCACGUAGAGUACGAGAACAUGCGCCUCCUCCGCUGCGACUGCGGGGGGAGAGACCGAGCGACUGCGGCUGGCGAGAGGCAGCCCCAGCGGCCGGGCUGCUGCUUCCAGAGAUGCUCGGCGUGCUGAAGGGGAGGUUUUCAGUGCGACUUCAGCCGCCGGUCAUUUGCCAGCAGCGCAGGUAGGGUUUCCGUGCAGCGCCGGGAGCCGUCGGGGGCC